GCCGGCCCCGUGUGCGCCUCCACUCCCAGCGCACGGCCCCGGGCAGGCAGCGGGCAGCCCGGGCUCGGCGGCCCCGGCUUCCUGGACUUCUCUGCGCGCCUGCGCUCCCUUGGCUGCCCCCGGCCCCCCUCCCCAGCUGCACUGUAAUCCCCCCAGCCCCCCUCCCUUCCCCCCUCGGCGCCUCGCUCCCCCCUAGGCACCUGGGACCCGCACAUGCCCAGCGCACGCGGCGCGCCGCCCAGCUAGAAGUUGCAUCCCCGGAGUUGGAGGCCGCUGAGGACCGAGUGCAGCAGGAAGGAGACAGCGCCGGGCGACAGCGGCCGACGAGGAGGAGACGAGAGUCCCGGAUCGGGGCCGGCGCAUCAUUCUCGUCCCCCAAAGUGGAGCUGCAACUUGGCCACGAUUGCACCUGUUUGCACUGCUCAGCCGAGAGCGACCCUGCAGCUGCUGCGGCGGCGAGGACAGCGACCCCGGUCAUCACCCUCUUUGGCAAGUGGUUUGUGCACGAGGAGAAACUUUCCACCUGUGAGCGGACCGGCGCUGAGUGCGUGUGUUUUUUGCCUCUUUUUUGUUGUUUUUGCCUCCACCUCCCCCCUUCUUCUCUCCGCUAAGACCUCUCCCCACACACCCACCCCCAAGUAUCGCUCUGUUUGAGUCCCUCUCCAUCUCCCAGCCCCCCCGGCCGUCUAUGCUCCAGGCCCUCUCUGCGUGGUGCCGGUGAACCCGUGAGCCGCCCCAAUGUACAGCAUGAUGAUGGAGACCGACCUGCACUCGCCUGGCGGCGCCCAGGCCCCCACGAACUUGUCAGGCCCGGCCGGAGUGGGCGGCGGUGGGGGAGGCGGCGGCGGAGGCGGCGGGGGCGCCAAGGCCAACCAGGACCGGGUCAAGCGGCCCAUGAACGCCUUCAUGGUGUGGUCCCGAGGGCAGCGGCGCAAGAUGGCCCAGGAGAACCCCAAGAUGCACAACUCGGAAAUCAGCAAGCGCCUGGGCGCCGAGUGGAAGGUUAUGUCCGAGGCCGAAAAGAGGCCGUUCAUCGACGAGGCGAAGCGGCUGCGCGCCCUGCACAUGAAGGAGCACCCGGAUUACAAGUACCGGCCGCGCCGCAAGACCAAGACGCUGCUCAAGAAGGACAAGUACUCGCUGGCCGGCGGGCUGCUGGCGGCCGGCGCAGGCGGCGGAGGCGCCGCCGUGGCCAUGGGCGUGGGUGUGGGCGCGGCGGCCGUAGGCCAGCGACUCGAGAGCCCCGGCGGCGCGGCGGGCGGCGGCUAUGCGCACGUCAACGGCUGGGCCAACGGCGCCUACCCCGGCUCUGUGGCGGCGGCGGCCGCGGCCGCGGCCAUGAUGCAGGAGGCGCAGCUGGCUUACGGGCAGCACCCGGGCGCCGGCGGCGCGCACCCGCACGCGCACCCGGCGCAUCCUCACCCGCACCAUCCGCACGCGCACCCGCACAACCCGCAGCCUAUGCACCGCUACGACAUGGGAGCGCUGCAGUACAGCCCCAUCUCCAACUCGCAGGGCUACAUGAGCGCCUCGCCCUCGGGCUACGGCGGCCUCCCCUACGGCGCCGCGGCGGCCGCCGCCGCCGCCGCGGGUGGCGCGCACCAGAACUCGGCCGUGGCGGCGGCGGCGGCGGCGGCCGCCGCCUCGUCGGGUGCCCUGGGCGCUCUCGGCUCUCUAGUCAAGUCGGAGCCCAGCGGCAGCCCGCCGGCCCCGGCGCACUCGCGGGCGCCAUGCCCCGGGGACCUGCGUGAGAUGAUCAGCAUGUACUUGCCGGCCGGCGAGGGCGGCGACCCGGCGGCGGCGGCGGCCGCCGCGGCGCAGAGCCGGCUGCACUCGCUGCCGCAGCACUACCAGGGCGCGGGCGCGGGCGUCAACGGCACGGUGCCCCUGACGCACAUCUAGGGACGCGAGGGGGACUGCGGCCCGCGCCGGCGACGCGCGAGAAGGAACGUGCGGCCAGACCGAGGUGCCCGGCCCGGCCCCGCGCGGCCUGGCUUUUGUGCAGACGUUUCCACCUUCUUUCCUUCCAGGGAAACACUGGCGACGAACACUAGGUGACACCACCCCCUGUCCCCCGCUCGCCUGUCUGGGAGCUUCUGGGAACGGCUAGGCGCGGACACAGUCGUGCGUUUUAGACUGAACUUGGUGUUUUCUUGAGACUUUUUGUACAGUAUUUAUCAUCCACAGAGGCUGGGAGCGUUUCUUUGCUGGAGGGGACACAAAGACCAAGCCAAGCAAGAGGCGACUCCAACUUUUCUAUCCCGCCGGCGCGCUCACGCCCGUCCUGCCUCGCUUCCUGCUGGCGUGUGGUCGCCCGGGAGCUGUUCGCAUCUGUUAUCGGUGUAGUAAGGCAGAUCCAAACACAGGUUUUUCGUAGUUGUUACCACUCUUGGGUUGGUUUGUUAAUUUAUACAAAGAGAUGCCCCCACCCCCUUUCUGAUGGCAGCGUUAUAUUCUGAGUUUUUGUAAAACUUUUCUGUAUCUGAGCUUUUCCAUUUUUUUUUGUUUUGUAAUUAUUUCUUGUAAAUGCAUUGUGAAAUUUUAAUUUAGGCGUUUCAGCGUGGGGAGGGGUAUUCAGAUUAUGUACAUAGUUUCCUAAAAAGCCUUUCUAGUAAAAAACGAAAAAGAUAACCCCUCUUUAAAAACGCAUCGAGUCAAUAAAUUUAAGAGAGGA